AUGACCGCCUCCGCCUCCUCCUCCUCCGCGCCAGACGGCAUCGUCACCGCCCGGGUCCUAAUCGCCGGCGCCAGCUACGCAGGGCUCGCCGCCGCCGUCAACCUCCUCGACCUCACCGACGGCAAGCCGCCUCGCAUGGCCGUCGACCCGUACCCCUUCCCGUCGACCUGGCCGCGGGUCCGCUUCGAAAUCACCAUUGUCGACGAGCGCGACGGCUUCUUCCACGUAGUCGGCGCGCCGCUCGCGCUGGCCAAGCACUCGUACGCGGAGAGGGCCUGGGUCGAGUUCCCGCGGCUGCCGGACCUGCAGCGCCCCAAUGUGGCCUUUGUCCACGGCACCGUCGCCCGCGUGGACUGGGCGUCCCGGACGGCCGAGGUGCGGCGCCACGGCGCAGAGGCCCCCGACGUGCUGGGGUACGACUACUUCGUGGCCGCGACGGGGCUGAGGAGGGCGUGGCCGGUGGUGCCGCAGUCGUUUGGGCGGGAGGCGUACCUGGCCGAGGUUGGGGAGCACAUCCGCCGGGCUGGGGGGGCGUCGCGCGGCGUCGUGGUCGUCGGCGGGGGGGCCGUGGGCGUCGAAAUGGCCGCCGAGCUGAAGCUGUGCGUGCCGCAUGUCGAGGUGACGCUUGCGCAUUCCCGCGGCGCGCUGUUGUCGUCCGAGGGUUUGAGCGACGAGUGCAAGGACGCUGCGUUGAGGAUGCUCCGCGAGGCUGGGGUGCGCGUGGCCCUGGGCCACCGGCUGGAUGCGUACGAGAGGGUCGAGACCGAGGACGGCGAGGAGAGGUACCGCGUGCGCUUUGACAAUGGCGCCGAAAUGGACGCGGGCUUGGUCAUUGUCGCUGUUUCCAAGAGCGUCCCGUCCACGGCGUAUCUGCCGCCUUGGGCUGUCGAUGCCGAGGGCUACGUCAAGAUUCGACCCGACUUGGUGAUUGAGUCGGAGGGUCCGAAUGAGCAUCGUCACUACUGCGCCGGCGACGCGACGAGGUGGUCGGGUAUUAAGCGCUGCGGCGGCGCCAUGCAUGGCGGGUACUGCAUCGCGAAUAAUAUACACCAGCAUAUUUUGAAGGAGGCCGUUGGCCAUUCGCCAGAGUAUAGGAGGCUGGUGCACCUCGAGCCCAUGAUUGCCCUGGCCGUGGGCAAAAACGCCGUCUCUUCGGGGCCAGACGGGACUGACGCCGGCGCCCAUGUUAUGCAGAAGUAUUUUGGUGAAGAUUUGUAUCUUUCCGGCUGCUGGCGAUGGCUGGGCCUGGGCAUAAAGGAGGAGUAG